AUGCUGCGCUUCGUCCUCUUGCUGGUCAUGUCAUCGCCGGCGCUUCUCGUCGCGGGGGGCGGCGGCGACAGUAACGGCCUGAAGCACGUCCGCUUGUUCAUGCACGAGACCAUCGGCGGCCCCAACCCCACGCUGGUCACGUCCCUGAAGUCCCCGCUGGGCGGCAACGCCACGUUCGGGUCGGUGGGCGUCCUGGACAACGAGCUGCGUGAUGGGCCGGACCCCAAGGGCUCCAAGCUCGUGGGCCGGUUCCAGGGCUUCUUCGCUGGGGCCGGGCUGGUGAGCCCGCCGGGCCUGCUGUCGGCGAUGAACAUCCGGUUCACCGCUGGUGAGUGGUGCGGGAGCAGCCUGGCCUUGCUAGGCUCCGUGCCGAGCUUCGGAGCCCCGGUCGAGCGCGCUUUGGUGGGCGGCACCGGGGACUUUAGGCUGGCACGCGGCUACUCCGUCAUGUUAGACCUGGGGAACCCCACGCCGGAGACCGCACUCUUUCAGCUUGAUUUGUUUGUGUUAAUGUAUCAUGCAGCCUGA